UAGGCCCUCAGUUGCGAAUUUCCAUUUGAUUGUAUCAAUAUGACGGCCCGGGCAAUCUUUCCGACAUUCUACGACAAGGAAAUGAAGAUCUGGAGCGGAGCGCCCAGGUCCACGCUGUACGACUACAACUGCUCCAUUGGCCAGGUGGCACACAACACCCUGAAGUGCUGGCCCACAAACGUCCUUCAGGUAAGGGAUACAGCGAUUCUCCAUGGACUCGUGGGAGGACUGGGUUUGAUGAGAUCCCUAUAUAAGAGUAGAUCAGUCUACAGACCCACGGCCCUGGCUGUUGGCGGCGAUCAAACGGCGGCGGUGCUGUGCUCCUCAGGCACCGCAGGCCUCCCCAAGGCAGUGGCGCUCUCCCAUCGUCACCUCUGCAGCACCAACUCCUUCUGCUUCAGCACGGACGUGGUGUACACCAGCGCCGCCAUUGAUUGGAUGACUGGAUUCACGAUCAUGGUAAUAAGUCUCACCUGCGGAUUCACCCGCAUCGCUUCCAGCAAACCUUUCAGCGCCGAGCAUGCCAUUGCUUUCGUGCACAAGUACAAGAUCACCGGCCUCGCCAUGGCGCCCUGGCAGGCCUACGAGCUGUACUUCAGUCCCCUGGCCAAGCCGGAGACUCUGCAGAGCCUGAGAUUCUCCUUGGUGAUCGGCGGCUGGGUAUCGCUGGCCGUGCUGCGCAAAUGCCAGGCCCUGUUGCCCAAGUGCUACGUCAUGUUCUCCUACGGCACCACCGAGACGGGCAUCGUGACGAUAAACAUCGACCAGAGUCUGGAGAACUCCGUGGGCCGCGUGGCGCCUGGCAUGCGGGUCAAGAUCCUCGACAAGAACCGCCAGCAGCUGGGUACCAACGGGGUGGGAGAGGUGCUCAUUGACAUCGGACUCAGGUGGACGGGGUACGUGGACAACGCGGAGGACACAGCCGCCACUCUGCAGGACGGUUGGAUCAAUCUCGGGGACCUGGGCUACUUCGACGAGGACAACAACCUGUAUCUGGUGGAACGCAAGAAGGACCUGCUGAAGUACAAGUCCAAGCACUACUGGCCCAACGAGAUCGAGCACGUAAUCGCCGAGCUGACGGAGAUCGACGACGUGUGUGUGGUUGGCGUGCGGGACGAGCGCUACGGCGAUGCGGCCGGAGCUUUGGUCAUCCGGAAGAAGGGCGUCGAGAUCACGGCCCAGAAAAUCAUCGAUCAUGUGGCCCAGCGGGUGGUCGUGGACUACAAACAGCUGAAUGCCGGCGUUGUCUUCGUCGACCACAUCCCGACGAACGUCAAUGGCAAGGUCAUGAGGAGUGCGGCCCGCGAUAUCUUCGAUGAGCGCUCCAAAUGAUGUCAUCCGUGUACAAAAAUAGGGAAGGAAAUAUUACAUACGUUUAGCCUACAAAUUAUUGAAAGAAACAGCCUUUAUGUUCAAAUGAAUAAAACCUAAAUCGUCUUAAGU